CUCAUAUAGGCACAAAUACAACGAUACAAAGCAACUGCAGUAUAAAUAACACAGGUAGAAUAUGUCAACAUGCACACCUCAAUUUAAAAAAAUAGGACCUGCACGCUAAGGGACAUCACAAUUCUAUUUUGGCACAGUGCUGCUAAAAGGUUGCCUACCCCUACCAGGAUAUUAUAUAGCUAUAAAUACUAUGGUCCUUUGAAACCCAAUCCAUGUGUUUUUGACUUUUAGAGGUUCAUGCGAAUUAUAGUUUGCUGAAAUUGGAGUCUAAUAUUUCAAUAUCCUUUCAUUACAGAGAGCAGAAGUAAGUUUAUAAUAUUACAAGGGUAUCAUGGUUGUGUCAGUUGAUGACCUGUACAAAUUGGCCUAAUAUCCAGGGGACAAAGUGGUAGUUUGGGGCCUUUGGGCUAUAUAGUUAAUUAAUGACCCUUGUGCCAGACUGAUACUAACCUUCCUGAAUUAAUUUUAUGUCAGAUUUCUCUGUUCCUCCUGGAGUAUUCAAGGUAUGUCCUAUGCAUUAGGACAAUGUUCAAAAUGAAAAAAAGUUAGCACUUUACUGAUUUCAUUGUGUGUUGUGCCGAUUAAUUACAAUUAUCGAUUUCAUUGUUCAGCAGCUGCACUGAAAGUGCUUGUUAUAAUUACGUGCUGAGCAAACCUUUGGGAAGGAAUGAGUAUAAGGAACAAUAUCUCUUUGUUUACAGGUAAGAAAAAAGCAUCACCUUAUUGAUUUUCAACACAAUAGAUGGGCUUAUACAAGUGUUGUUUUAUUUUCUAUUACUUUUUCAGUUCUUAUAUUUGAGUUUGCUAAUUAACUUUGUGAAUGUUGUAGGAGACAGGGUCAUAUUGUUGUCCACUUUGCAAGAUGGUUCAAACAUUUUUAAUGUAAAUGGUCAGCAAGGAAAGACCCAUUUUACUACAAGCACAACUAGUGGGUAACAAAGCUAUCAUAUUCUCUCUACUGAUACCAAGGCUGUAUCAAUCUAACAUUUUUUGAAAUUUGAUAUGUAUGACAGAUAUUAAAUGUCCAAAUGGAAUUUUCACUCAGUCAUUUAAAAAAAAUGUGCCCUUGCUGGUUUCCCAAUACUGUCCUUGUAUAGUGUUCUACAGUCUUCCAGCAUUAAUGUCCAGUAUGAAUCAGGGCUUGAUGAUGGUGCCCUGUGUUGGGUGGCCUAUGUGGUGGUUUGCAGUCCAUUGUGAAAUACGGAAGCCCUUGCCUCUGUACAACCUUUUCCAUAUAUCUGACCUUAUCCAAUCUGGAAAGUUAGCCAAAUUAUAACAUGUUUACAUUGGGUGUAAAAACUUGUAUGGGGUAAGGUGCAAGAGUAAUACUGAAGGACAAGUAUAAAAACUUGAGAUGGCACAUAGCUGGGGUAAGGAUGAGAUGUUUUGGCACUAAACUUUUACCGUGGAAUAUUUUGCGCUAAAGUCAUGUUCCUUCUUCCAGGGAGGAUUUGGUCAAAGUUAAGGAGGUCUAUCAGUAUGCAGACAUGCAGCAUGGAGACGAGGAUGCUUUUGCACGUGAACCUUUUAUCGUCAGAUUUGGAUCAAAGAUGACUGGUAUGAAAUAAUAUCAAAAGAAGAAGAACACAGGCAGCACUCCAGGAUAAUGGAGGUAAGUUUUAUUUGUGGGUUCACCACCUCACCAAAAAAUAAAUGUGAUGUUUCAGCUCAGCAGAGCCUUAAUUGUACAUCAUGCCGAACAGUCGCAUUAUUUUUUUGGUGAGGUGGUGAACCCACAAAUAAAACUUACCUUCAUUAUCCUGCAGUGCUGCCUGUGUUCUUCUUCUUUUGAUACUGCAUUGGUGGAUUCAGCGGUGUCCAUCCUUUACACGGGGUGCCUCCUUGGUGGAAGGCCGGAGCAUUCAUGCGGAACUUGAGUGCAGGGUAUACUGUUUGUGCCUGGUAUGAAAUGUCUCCAUUUAGAACUGGGGUACUCACUAAGCAACGAAGGUAGCUUCCUAGGGACACAUUAGCAUCAGGUUUACUAGUCCAUGCUUAUUUUUUUAUAAAGUGGAAGAAUGCAAAAAGCAUCCUCUAUAACAUUUAUCUGAUGUUAAAUACCUGACCUGAAAACGUGAAAGGUGGUGCUUGAGUACUACAUUAUUUGUGUAUCUUUCAGUCAGAUUUUGCAGUAGACUUUGGAGAAUGAUUAUCUUGUAUUUGAAAAACAUGUGACAGACUUUUUCACUAGUUAUGAGCAAAGCAUUGGUAGCGAGAUGGUUAGUGAUGAACCAGUGCUGUAUUAAAUUAAUACAAUUAACAUCCUUGUUCCCGUCCUGCAGUGAACCCAAUCAGAAGCAGCAUGGUUAGAUUGACAAAGUGAAGGAAUGCAAUUAAGCAGCAAUUAAUAUUAAUUUAUUAUUAUUCCGAUUAGUGGUACAAAUAAUAAGUUCAAUAACAUGGUAGGACCACACUUUAAUACAACUGCGCCUCACCUCCUCAUUGUACCGCCUACACUAUGUUCCUGGUCAGAUACCACAGGACACAUUCAGAGUCCAUGCCUCGAAGGAUCAGCACAAAGGGGACCUACACGUUAGUAGGCAGGUGGCUUUAAUGUUGUGACUGAUUAGUGUAUUUGCCACAAAUACAAUUAGGUGUAAUUCUAAGCCAAACCACAAAUCUGAUUCUAUACCCCCAACCAAAAUUAAUCUUAAUACUGAAUGAUAUAUUUACUGUUGUUUUAUUGCCUUCCAUUAAUCUAACCAUUAAUCUAUGUCAAUUAUUAAAAAUAAUAUCAGGAAGUAUUACUUUACUGAGAGGGUAGUGGAUACAUGGAAUAGCCUUUCGGCUGAAGUGGUAGAGGUUAACACAGUGAGGAAGCUUAAGCAUGCGUGGGAUAUGCAUAAGGCUAUCCUAGAUAUAAGAUAAGGCCAGGGACUAAUGAAAGUAUUUAGAAAAUUGGGAAGACUAGAUGAGCCGAAUGGUUCUUAUCUGCCGUCACAUUCUAUGUUUCUAUGUAUAACUUUGCUUUUUAUCAGUCUCACUGCAGGGCUGUAGGCAGGUCCAUGAUGGUCACUAGACCUAGAGAGACAAGAGGAUGCAAAAUCUAAUCUAACACUGGCAGAUUUUGAAAUCCACUAGCUAUGUCUAAUUGAGAAAUAGGUUUACUACUCAUAAAAAGUCAACACUAUGCAAACUCUGAAAGACAAAAUUAAAAAACUGCUGACUAAAUGCUUGUCUCAACCUUUUUUUGUAUCACCAGCUGCAAAAGAUUUUAUCAUAAUUCCGGUGCACACCACUCCCAAAGAUUCAGUUCAAGAAAUCGAUGAGUUGUACGAUGUUUACCUUGACGUUAAAGAGAAAUGGGGAACUCAGGUAAAUUACCUUAUCUAAAGAUCUCAAGCCUACACACAUUGGCUCAGAAAUGGUUCUAAAUAUUCAUUAUACUUUAGUUUACAUUAAAAAAAAUUACACUUAAAGUGAACCUUCCAUGACACAGUUUUCUGACUAGUAUUUCCUUAGGAAAUAAAUAUCCCAUUUAUAAUUCAAUCUAAAUCAAUUAUUGCAUUGCUUUACCCUGACAUACCCUCCAUAUUUCUGGAUUUGUGCUAAUUAUGGUAGCUGUGACACCUGCCACCCUCUCCUUCCUACUUGCCCUUAAUUGGGAAGCAUACUAGCAGUAGGCUAGAUAAGCAUUAUAAGUCAGUCUAUACAUCUAGGUGUUAUGAACGCUGAUAUAGUAAAUACCCUGUUCGCCUAUUUUCUCCCGAACUGCUGAGCGUGAGUGAUUAUGGCUGCAGUUCGGGUGUAGAUUUGAACGGUUCCAGACGAAUGCAGCAUCCAAGUAGUUUCUCCCCAGCAAGUAGACAGUUACCCAAACAUGAGUCUAGACUUUAUGAAGGGAACAACAGGAAUGAUUUUAUAUAACUUGCACAUUUUAUAUAUUUAGUGGUUCAAGAUCACAACAGGAAUAAUUAAGCGAGUGUUGGAAUAUAUGUCAGCAGUUCAACAGUGGGAAGCCUGAAAAUUAACUGCUUAUACAAACGGACAGUAGGGUAGUCUAGUUGAGAGUUAAUCUUAAGUGUCAGGUAAACGUUACGGCAUGCAAGGUAGAGAUACAAAUUUAUAUACUGAGAUUUUUGUGGAGUGAUAGGGUCAUAAGCUUAGCUAAAAUAUGUAGGUAAGGUACCACCAGGCAGAUUGUAGCAUACUGGGUUGUCAUCAGCUAUAGGCAUAAAAAUAAAACUAAUAUUCACUAUAACAUUAACUGUGACAAUAACAGCAGAGAUGUACAUUUAACAGUAAAUGCAGCCAAAGUAACUUCUGUUGAGGCUGUCAGUGGUUGACCGGCUACCCGGUCGUUGGGUGGAUAUGAGCGUGGUGCUUUUCAAGCCACAGUGUCCAAGUGCGGGCUGUGGUUCAGUGGAGUUGGUGUAUGGGGAUGACCUAUCUGGGUACUCCUCCAGUGUUAGUCUCUGGCCUCGGUUGUAGGAAGCGCUGGUAAGGUGUGCUCAGUUGGAGUAGGCACUGAGCCUGCAUUAGGGGAUAACCGCUGCAGUGUAAGUAGGGAUAAUAAAUGCAGGCUGCCAUCAGUCUUUCCUGACUUGGGUCAUAUUCCAGGAGUGUUUUAUGCAAGUGACCAUGCAAGGGGCACUCCCACAUGGACCUUGUGGGGGACAGCGACACAAAGGUUACAACAAAUAAUAAUACAGUAACAAAGUGUGACACUCCCAUUACAAACAGAUAAUUCCCUCCUCUCCUUUUACAGUUACAGCUACCAAACCAAUAAAAUGUAAAAAGUCCCGAAUGGCAUGCUGUUUUCUUCACACUAGGAAUCAAAUCCACUGAUCUCUCACUAGACUGAACUCAUAAUUCCCCGCUCUCUUACUAAACUGAAUACCAGAUGCAUUAAUAUAGAGGAAACCAGAUAUUUUAUACCUUCAUCUUCAGAUUCUGUUUUCUAUAGUUACACGACUGAUAGCACUUGUUUUGUAAUCAAUGGGUUUGUGACUCUAUUCAAUACUAUUAUUACAGUAUCAUAAACUGGUUGUUGUAUAUGUGUACUUGCAGAACAUAAUACUCUUGGGAGACUUCAAUGCUGAUGGAGCCUAUGUUUCAAACAAGAAAAUGAAGACAAUAAGACUGAGAACAGAUGUUAAUUUCCAUUGGUUAAUUAGCGAUGACAUCGAUACUACGGCCACCAACACUACAGACUGCUCUUAUGACAGGUACAUUUGAACUUCUCUCUCCUGUCUCUGCUAAAAUGUUGCUCAUAAAGAUCUUGACAUAUUAGUGCUAGAAAUUUGGCUUCUUAAAGUGGUAGUGUGUCUCCACUCUCCAUAAACCAUGCAUGAAAUUUCUCUGAUUGAUGAACUCUGUAUCAAACAAAUGUAAAAAGUAUCAUGUUAAAGCAACACAUGCAUUUUUCUUAUUUAUUUGGAAUGAGGUUCCAUAUGCUUAGCAUGACUGCUUCUUAUACAACAUUAGUGAUAAAGGGCAGAAUCUUAUGUUAUAUUGUUUUCUAUUUUAGAAUUGUUGUUCAUAAGGAUCUGAUAAACGACAUUGUCCCAAAUUCAGCCAAGCCCUUUAAUUUCCAGGUGGAAUAUAAACUUACAGAUGAUGAGGUAAGUGAAUUCCAUAUUUACACGCCAACAUGUUUGACCACUUUUAUAUUUAAUAAUAAAAUGACUUUUUAUCCUGUGUGGCUGUGGCUUAAAGUGAACCAUCAGUAAUGAUGAUCUCAGCCGGGGAAGGAGCAGAAACAUCACAGAAACUGGCAUGCCAGGGGACCUAAGUAAAAAUGAUUUUGCUUAAUUAAAGGGGGGCUUAGUAAUACACUCUAAUGUUAAUAACAUAUGUUUGUAUUCCUAACGUCAGAGUGUUCCUUUAUGAGCUUCUGGAAAAAUUGACUGGAUCUCUAGAUUGUAAUCUAGUUCAAGUCUAUAUCAUGUCUUGCUUCUGUUUGCCAAAAUGUUUGUCACCUCUGUACACUUUAUCAGCCACAACAAUGAAACCACUGAUAGGUGAAGUGAAUAACACUGAUUAUAUCAUUACAACCAAAAGUGGUGCAAGAAAGGACAACCAGUGAGCCGGGGUCAUGAUCAUGGGCAUCCACAGCUCUUUAAUGCAUGUGGAUGGUCCAAUCAAACAGAAGAGCUACAGUACAGUUGCAAGAAAAAGUAUGUGAACCCUUUGGAAUGAUAUGGAUUUCUGCACAAAUUGGUCAUAAAAUGUGAUCUGAUCAUCAUCUAAGUCACAACAAUAGACAAUCACAGUCUGCUUAAACUAAUAACACACAAAGAAUGAAAUGUUGCCAUGUUUUUAUUGAACACACCAUGUAAACAUUCACAGUGCAGGUGGAAAAAGUAUGUGAACCCCUAGACUAAUGACAUCUCCAAGAGCUAAUUGGAGUGAGAUGUCAGCCAACUGGAGUCCAAUCAAUGAGAUGAGAUUGGAGGUGUUGGUUACAGCUGCCCUAUAAAAAACACACACCAGUUCUGGGUUUGCUUUUCACAAGAAGCAUUGCCUGAUGUGAAUGAUGCCUCGCACAAAAGAGCUCUCAGAAGACCUACGAUUAAGAAUUGUUGACUUGCAUAAAGCUGGAAAGGGUUAUAAAAGUAUCUCCAAAAGCCUUGCUGUUCAUCAGUCCACAGUAAGACAAAUUGUCUAUAAAUGGAGAAAGUUCAGCACUGCUGCUACUCUCCCUAGGAGUGGCCGUCCUGUUAAUAUGACUGCAAGAGCACAGCGCUGACUGCUCAGUGAGGUGAAGAAGAAUCCUAGAGUGUCAGCUAAAGACUUACAAAAGUCACUGGCAAAUGCUAACAUCCCUGUUAGCGAAUCUACAAUACGUAAAACACUAAACAAGAAUGGAUUUCAUGGGAGGAUACCACAGAGCAAGCCACUGCUGUCCAAACAAAACAUUGCUGCACGUUUACAGUUUGCACAAGAGCACCUGGAUGUUCCACAGCAGUACUAGCAAAAUAUUCUGUGGACAGAUGAAACCAAAAUUGAGUUGUUUGGAAAAAACACACAAAACUAUGUGUGGCGAAAAAAAGACACAGCACACUAACAUCAAAACCUCAUCCCAACUGUGAAGUAUGGUGGUGGGGGCAUCAUGGUUUGGGGCGGCUUUGCUGCGUCAUGGCCUGGACGGAUUGCUAUCAUAGAAGGAAAAAUGAAUUCCCAAGUUUAUCAAGACAUUUUGCAGGAGAACUUAAGGCCAUCUGUCUACCAGCUGAAGCUCAACAGAAGAUGGGUGUUGCAACAGGACAAUGACCCAAAGCAUAGAAGUAAAUCAACAACAGAAUGGCUUAAACAGAAGAAAAUACGCUCAGAUCACAUUUUAUGACCAAAGUGAACUUAGUGGAUCGUACUACCACCAAAAGAUCACUCAGUGGAGCGCUAAAUAUCAAAUUCUUACCCCUAUUGGAAUAACGUAUAUAUCACUUUAAGGGGCAGACAGCAUAAUAAAAUCUACAACAAGAAAAUACACAUCAUGGUGCAGUAUGCUUGUAAGGUGUGAAUGGAGUGGAAGAAGAUGUAUGUCCAACUCACAUGGUAAAGAGCCUGGAGAUUGGCUCAAAUCACAACAGCUGAGGUAUGUUUGGUAAUACCAGACCUUCUCCAGAUAUACAGCUCACAACAUAUGUGGAUAAAAAAGGACAAAAAUCCUAGUGCAAGUAUGUUUAAAAUAAACAAGUGGUCACAUAUAACAGUGCAUGAAUGUGCUCACCUGGAAUAGAGCCAAUUGUACUAGGCUCUAUGUAUAAGCGUGUGGUGCCUUUAAGGGAGGCACUACCCUUCUUUAGAAAAUGCAGGAAGCAGUUGAAGAUCCACUACCAGAUGUAUAAGGUAAAAGUAACAAUUUAUUAAAAAAAAAACAAUUAAGCAAAGUAAAACUGUAUAUACAGAUACCAAAAAGUAAAAGUCUCUGGGGUGGUCUUCCUUGGAGUUCCGAGACGCGUUUUCGCCGUGGGGCUUUCUCAAUCGGAUGAAUCUGCUUCCUGAAUGGGCGAUGUUUAAAUGUUGGCGCCGUCCGUCUGAUUGGACGUGCUGAUUGCCAGGUAGCCAAUCGUAAUGCAUGGAAUGUGGAGAUGUGUCUCACAGCUGACGGUCGUGAGUCCGGGAGCUCAAAACCCGGAAGUACCAUGAAGUGUAGCCAAUCUCACGUGGUUAACUGACGUUGUCAUUUGGAGCAUGUUCAGUGGUUACUAAGCUGUCCGAGGAGCCAUCUUGGUUAUGGGCAAUAGCUCCAUAGUUAGAUCCGUUUUUUAAAAGUCCAAUAUUGCAUAAAGAGUCCCAUAUUAAUAGUAAUAUAUAAAAUAAAAAGCAAAAAGAACAUGGUUAUACAUAGCAAAAUAAUAAUAUUAAGCAUAUAUACAUAUUGGCAUGUUUUGCAAGAAGAUGCGGUCCUAAAAGAUAUUUUACCAAGUCAACCACAUAUAAUAUAUAGAGGGGCAGCUAACCUGAAAAGGACUUUAGUCCAAAGCAGUGAAGGACCUAAAAUUAAUGCACAUUUUUUAAAUCAAAAUAAAGGUUUUUAUGGGUGUGGGACCUGCUUCGCUUGCAGAACCACUAAAAGUAAAAAAAGAUACAUAACUAAUAUUAAGGAACACACGAAUAAAGAUUUUACUAUUAGGGACCAACUAACAUGUUUCUCGAAAGGAGUAAUCUACAUAUUAAAAUGUCCUUGUAACUUACUUUAUAUAGCUAGAACUAUAAGAUGUGUACAUACGAGAAUUUCAGAACACAUACGAAAUAUUAAGAAAGGACUAGAGACACACAGUGUAUCCAACCAUUUUAAAACCCACCAUAAUCAAGAUCCCGAGAAGCUUUUUUUCUGCCCAUUAAAAUUGGUAAAAAGAGAUUGGAGGGGAGGAGAUUUUAAUAAAAAAAUUGGAAUAGAAGAAAUGAGGUGUAUAUACAACUUUAAUACCCUCAUACCAUAUGGGUUAAAUUCAGAUUUCGAGAUGUGUCAUUUCUUUUAAAGAUCAUUAAUAUGGAAUGCCAUUGAUGUUUUUAACAGUAAUAUGAUAUAUUCUAUUUAUUUUUUUACAUUAUCCUAAUAUGAUAUUUGGAUUUUAUAUUGCAGAAUAUAGGUCUGGGGAAUUUGUCACUUUAGAUAUAAUUAAUAAAGAAUUUCUGAUUAAUAAUCAAUAAGUACAUUAAGGCACAUUAAUCACCAUCUCACGUUAAGAGCAUGAUCACCAUAGCAUGAUUAUUAAUGGUGUAGGGUAUCUCACUAUAUGGAUUAGAAAAUAUAUAUUUCCAUUUACAGUGCAUGUAUUUUUUACAGGAAUUGAAUAUCAUAUGUAGGAAAAAUAUUUUAUGUUUUUUAAGAAGGUAUAUAUUAUGAUAUUCUAGUGCCCCACUAUGAUGUUAUGGAACGCAAAGCUAAUUCAGCUUUGCGCCCUGAUAAUAUGGAGAUGGGCUCUGAGAACGCAUCGUAACGAAGUUUGGAACGCACGUUGCGUUCCAGCGACAUCAUUACCCCAAUCCGGAAGUGAAACCGCGAACCCGGAAGCGGAAUCGUAAACUACAGCCGCAGUUGGAACGCAUGAUGCGUUCCAAAGAGAAAUCAGCCGGAACCCGGAAGGAAAGACAUACAGGGGAUAAAAGAACGCUUGACUGCAAUGAACAUUUAUUUAUACCGAUUGAAAAAGCCCCCGGAGGGGCGAAACGCGUUUCGGUUACCAUUGAACUUUAUAGCCAUUUGGCAGGACUCGCAAAUAUAGUAUAUAGCUACAUAUUUUGUGCUUUCGAUUAUUUUUUAAACAAUGUAAUUUUACUAUCUUUUUUAUAUACAAUAAAAGUACUUUUUUAUUAAGAUCCACAUUGGAUUCUGGACCUCAUUCCAAUUUGAAUAAUCAACAGCUCAUGUGGAAGUAGGAGUGGGACAUCCUUUCGAAUAGUCCCAAGGCGAUAUUCAUGGGAGCCAUAUGAGAUUUGGCUCCAGGCUUGUGAGUACCAGACUUCACUUCCUCAACAUUUUAUUUUACCAGACAAUAUUACACUAUUACGUGCUUUGUUUAUCUCUUUCAGACGUAUUUUAAGUGUGACCUACCCUCUACAUUGUAUGUAUUUGCUAUAUACAUAAAGGGACUAUUGACUCUCAUUAUAUGCUUGCAAUCAAAAGGUGCUAAAAAAAAUCAAAAAAAAAAAAAUCAGAUGAUUGAAAAAAAGGUGGCACAACACAUGUCAGUGAAUGAAGUGGAUAAGCAGUGCCAACUGAUCUAAAAACAUACAUAAAAGAUCCAAUUAAAAUUUAAGUCUUAUCUUAAAAAGUGGCAAAGCUCAAAAUCAUUAUUUAAACCAUAUGGUUGUAAACUGUUUAAAUUAAAGAUCCACUUCAUUUCCAUUUGUCCCAUCUUUUUAAUGGUAUCAUCACCUCUCCAAUUAAGGUGAACUCUCUGGAUUCCCAAAAAAGUCAUCUGAUUUGGAUCACUAUUGUGUUUGAUUUUAAAAUGUAGUGAUAGACUAUGUUUGGUAUAUCCAUUUCUGACAUUGCGUACAUGUUCUUGUAUCCUAACUUGCAAGGGGCGAGUAGUGCGUCCUAUAUAGACAAGAUUGCAGGUGCAUUUAAUCAUAUAAAUUACAUGUUUGGUGUGACAUGUAAUGAUUUCUUUAAUUAUAAACUUUUGAUCUUUAUCAUGAGGGUGUUGGAAAUUUUUUAUAUGGCGUUUAGAACUUUUUGUGUUUUUACAAGCACCACAAAUUCCACAUCCAUAAAAACCACUACUUUCAUUGAAUGGAUUUCCUUUAAUGUUUUUCUUCAAUGAAGAAUGGUUUUGAGUCAAAUUACAUUUUAAAUUGGGGACACCCCUAUAGACGAGUUUUGGUCUGUCUGGAAGAAUUUGUUUUAGAACCUCAUCACUUUUUAAAAUGGACCAAUGUUUAUUUAAAAUUUUCUUGAGUUGAUUACUUUGACAAUUAAAAUCACUUAUAAAUGGCACAUUAUCCCAAUUCAUAUUUGAUGGUUUAUUUUUGUACUGGAUCAAUGAUUCUCUAUCCUGCAGAUUGACUUCAUGGAGGGCCUUUUUAAGAAGUGAAUUGUCAUAGCCCUUAUCGCUAAAGUCACCAAUAAUUCUUUGUGCUUGUUCGCAGAACUUUUCAUUAUCUGUACAGUUCCUCUUAAUCCUCAUGAGUUGAGAUUUUGGGGCAUUUAGAAGCCAUGGAGAAUAAUGACAGCUAUUUCCUUGGAUAUAGCUAUUUACAUCAAUUUUCUUAAAAAAUGUGCUCGUUUUAAUUACAUUAUUUUCUAUAUAUAUAUUGAGGUCUAAAAAGCUAACGUUUUCUUUACUAUAGGAGCUGGUUAACUUAAUGCCCUAAUUGUUAUUAUUUAAAUGUCCCAAAAACUGUUGAAGUGAUGACUCAUUUCCAGCCCAAAUGAAAAAAAUAUCAUCGAUAUAACGGCGAUAGGCAACCAGAUUCGCACUCCAUUCUGGGAAUCCAAAAAUGUGUAUCUGUUCCCACCGAGACAUGAACAAAUUAGCAUAGCUGGGUGCGAAUCUGGUGCCCAUCGCCGUAUUGUAAUUUCAAUUUGAAUUUUGCUGAACGUCAGGCCCUAAAAAGUUUUAGAGAAGACCAUACGCUGGUUAUUAAACCAGCGGAUAAGGGAGGGGGUACUGUUCUUUUGGAGAGAGCAGCGUAUUUGGAAGAAUCCCUUAGACUAUUGGGAGACAAAAGCACAUACAAAACUCUAUCUAAAGACCCUACAAAUGAUAUUAAGAUCACGUAUAACCAAUUUAUUGAUAAAGGGAGAAUGGAAGGCAUUCUUAAUACAAAAGAAUUCGAAUUCCUGAACGUACAAUACCCCAAAAUACCUAUAUUCUAUUAUCUCCCCAAGAUACACAAGCAAAUAGAUAAACCACCUGGUCGUCCUAUUAUCUCGGGUAUUGGCUCUGUAUCUAGCAAAUUGUCGCAAUAUAUCGACAACUGCUUACAGCCCCUGGUACAGAGCUCCCCGAGCUAUUUGAAAGAUACGCUUAAUAUACUUCAGAUCCUAAAAAAUAUUCAAUGGAAAAGUGAUUAUGUUCUGGUUACAGCCGACGUCAGUUCGUUAUAUACUAUUAUCUCGCAUGACAAAGGCUGUGAAGCAACCAGACAUUUUUUAGAAACAUUAGAUACAUUUCCUCCUGCACAAAUAGACUUUAUUCUGGAAGGGAUCUUUUGGAUACUGACCAAUAAUUAUUUUUGGUUUAACGACCAAUUUUUUUUGCAACUGUGUGGUACGGCGAUGGGCACCAGAUUCGCACCCAGCUAUGCUAAUUUGUUCAUGUCUCGGUGGGAACAGAUACACAUUUUUGGAUUCCCAGAAUGGAGUGCGAAUCUGGUUGCCUAUCGCAGUUAUAUCGAUGAUAUUUUUUUCAUUUGGGCUGGAAAUGAGUCAUCACUUCAACAGUUUUUGGGACAUUUAAAUAAUAACAAUUGGGGCAUUAAGUUAACCAGCUCCUAUAGUAAAGAAAACGUUAGCUUUCUAGACCUCAAUAUAUAUAUAGAAAAUAAUGUAAUUAAAACGAGCACAUUUUUUAAGAAAAUUGAUGUAAAUAGCUAUAUCCAAGGAAAUAGCUGUCAUUAUUCUCCAUGGCUUCUAAAUGCCCCAAAAUCUCAACUCAUGAGGAUUAAGAGGAACUGUACAGAUAAUGAAAAGUUCUGCGAACAAGCACAAAGAAUUAUUGGUGACUUUAGCGAUAAGGGCUAUGACAAUUCACUUCUUAAAAAGGCCCUCCAUGAAGUCAAUCUGCAGGAUAGAGAAUCAUUGAUCCAGUACAAAAAUAAACCAUCAAAUAUGAAUUGGGAUAAUGUGCCAUUUAUAAGUGAUUUUAAUUGUCAAAGUAAUCAACUCAAGAAAAUUUUAAAUAAACAUUGGUCCAUUUUAAAAAGCGAUGAGGUUCUAAAACAAAUUCUUCCAGACAGACCAAAACUCGUCUAUAGGGGUGUCCCCAAUUUAAAAUGUAAUUUGACUCAAAACCAUUCUUCAUUGAAGAAAAACAUUAAAGGAAAUCCAUUCAAUGAAAGUAGUGGUUUUUAUGGAUGUGGAAUUUGUGGUGCUUGUAAAAACACAAAAAGUUCUAAACGCCAUAUAAAAAAUUUCCAACACCCUCAUGAUAAAGAUCAAAAGUUUAUAAUUAAAGAAAUCAUUACAUGUCACACCAAACAUGUAAUUUAUAUGAUUAAAUGCACCUGCAAUCUUGUCUAUAUAGGACGCACUACUCGCCCCUUGCAAGUUAGGAUACAAGAACAUGUACGCAAUGUCAGAAAUGGAUAUACCAAACAUAGUCUAUCACUACAUUUUAAAAUCAAACACAAUAGUGAUCCAAAUCAGAUGACUUUUUUGGGAAUCCAGAGAGUUCACCUUAAUUGGAGAGGUGAGGAUACCAUUAAAAAGAUGGGACAAAUGGAAAUGAAGUGGAUCUUUAAUUUAAACAGUUUACAACCAUAUGGUUUAAAUAAUGAUUUUGAGCUUUGCCACUUUUUAAGAUAAGACUUAAAUUUUAAUUGGAUCUUUUAUGUAUGUUUUUAGAUCAGUUGGCACUGCUUAUCCACUUCAUUCACUGACAUGUGUUGUGCCACCUUUUUUUCAAUCAUCUGAUUUUUUUUUUUGAUUUUUUUUUUAGCACCUUUUGAUUGCAAGCAUAUAAUGAGAGUCAAUAGUCCCUUUAUGUAUAUAUGCUUAAUAUUAUUAUUUUGCUAUGUAUAACCAUGUUCUUUUUGCUUUUUAUUUUAUAUAUUACUAUUAAUAUGGGACUCUUUAUGCAAUAUUGGACUUUUAAAAAACGGAUCUAACUAUGGAGCUAUUGCCCAUAACCAAGAUGGCUCCUCGGACAGCUUAGUAACCACUGAACAUGCUCCAAAUGACAACGUCAGUUAACCACGUGAGAUUGGCUACACUUCAUGGUACUUCCGGGUUUUGAGCUCCCGGACUCACGACCGUCAGCUGUGAGACACACCUCCACAUUCCAUGCAUUACGAUUGGCUACCUGGCAAUCAGCACGUCCAAUCAGACGGACGGCGCCAACAUUUAAACAUCGCCCAUUCAGGAAGCAGAUUCAUCCGAUUGAGAAAGCCCCACGGCGAAAACGCGUCUCGGAACUCCAAGGAAGACCACCCCAGAGACUUUUACUUUUUGGUAUCUGUAUAUACAGUUUUACUUUGCUUAAUUGUUUAAUAAAUUGUUACUUUUACCUUAUACAUCUGGUAGUGGAUCUUCAACUGCUUCCUGCAUUUUCUAAAGAAGGGUAGUGCCUCCCUUAAAGGCACCACACGCUUAUACAUAGAGCCUAGUACAAUUGGCUCUAUUCCAGGUGAGCACAUUCAUGCACUGUUAUAUGUGACCACUUGUUUAUUUUAAACAUACUUGCACUAGGAUUUUUGUCCUUUUUUAUCCACAUAUGUUGUGAGCUGUAUAUCUGGAGAAGGUCUGGUAUUACCAAACAUACCUCAGCUGUUGUGAUUUGAGCCAAUCUCCAGGCUCUUUACCAUGUGAGUUGGACAUACAUCUUCUUCCACUCCAUUCACACCUUACAAGCAUACUGCACCAUGAUGUGUAUUUUCUUGUUGUAGAUUUUAUUAUGCUGUCUGCCCCUUAAAGUGAUAUAUACGUUAUUCCAAUAGGGGUAAGAAUUUGAUAUUUAGCGCUCCACUGAGUGAUCUUUUGGUGGUAGUACGAUCCACUAAGUUCACUUUUUUCUUUCACAUUGUGUUUGUGUAGGAUUGGGAUACCUGCAUGCGUGUUUGAGCUGCUGUUCUAUUUAUAUAUUAUUGUUAAGCGCCUAAUUGCACAGAGCACCUUUUUCUUGUACAUUUUAUGACCAAUUUGUGCAGAAAUCCAUAUCAUUCCAAAGGGUUCACAUUCUUUUUCUUGCAACUGUAGUUCAAAUUGCUUAAAAACUUAAUGCUGCCCAUGAUAGAAAGAACACACUGCAUCGCAGUUUAGCUGUAGAACAGUCAGAGUGACCAUGAUGACCCCUUUCAUCUGACAAAAGUGUCAUCAAAGGGGACAUAGGCAUGCGCACGGGGUGUGCCGGGUGUGCCUGGGCACACCCUAAUCACGCCUCCGUACUGCACUGCCUUAGAGCAGACUAACAUGUUGGGUCCUCGGUCUGUGACCGAGGACCCGACCCAGGAGGGGGCCCGGCGGCUUGCCCACAAUGCCGCAGGGUGCGAAGCCCCUCCUGUCAGUCUGCCCUGACGGAGAUCCAGCCUUCAGUCUGCAGCUCUGCCGGGAGUGAGCUGCAGACUGAAGUGUCUCGCGAUCGCCAGCCUGUCAGAGCUGUUGCCGCGGGUUAUCAGGGCAACGCUCAGACUGACUGGAGAUCGCAAGACUCCUCAUGUGGUCUGCAGCUCACUCCUGACUGAGCUGCAAACUGAAGAGAGAGGGCGCUCACUGGACCACCAAGUCCUGGAAACCUUGGGUCCUGGCAUUUAUGUGGCUGCUACUUUAACAGUACCACCUAUCUAGAGAUUGUUGCAGACCAUGUACACCCCUUCAUGACAAUGGUGUUCCCUGAUUACAGUGGCCUCUUUCAGCAGGAUAACGCACGGUGCCACACUGGAAAAAUUGUUCAGGAAUCAUUUGAGGAACAUGGCAAAGAGUUCAAGGUGUUGCUUUGGCCUCCAAAUUCCCCAGAUCUCAAACCGAUUGAGCAUUUGUGGGAUGUGUUGGAACAACAAAUCCGUUCCAUGAAGGCCCCAUCUUGCAACUUGUAGGACUUAAAAGAUCUUGGUGCCAGAUACCACAGGAUAUGUUCAGAGGUCUUCUGGAGUCCAUGCCUCGAUGCAUCAGAGCUGUUUUGGCAGCACGAGUGGAACAUACAUGAUAUUAGGAAGGUGGUUUUAAUGUUGUGACUAUCAGUGUAUGUUUUGAUAAACAUCAAUCAAUUAGGAAACAAUCUUUUAAUAUGAUGAAGAUUUAAAUAACUCUAACUUAAUUAAAACAAUUCAUCAAUUUUAAUAUAAUUUUAUUUAUUCUAUAUUUUAUCACAUAAUAAAUGAUUUCUCAUAUAAGACAAAACCUGUCGUAGUUAAGACUCAACAAAUCAUGCAAAUUACAUUUGCUCUUUAUAAUAAAAACACAUACAGUUCACUCACAUCUUUCACCGUGAAGGGACAUUGAGUUGCAAAUUUUAAAGUAAUAGUUAACUGAUCUUAUUUUAUCUGCAGGCCCUGGCAGUUAGUGAUCACUACCCCGUUGAGGUGGAGCUAAAGCCAGCGAAAGGAAAAACCUCAAAGAAAUAA